AUGACCAUCCCUGUUGUAGCAACGCCACCCGACGCCCGGACGAACUACAUCGUCGACCAGCUCGAGGGUGAGCGCAUCUCCAUUCCUGGAAGCAAGGGUGUGUUCCGGAUCCUGGCAUCAUCCAAGCAAACCAACGGCGGCAUUGCCGUUUUCUCGAGCGGUGCUGUCCUCUCCGACGCCCCGGGCUUUCACUGGCACGCCGAGGCCCAUGAUGUCUUCCUGGUGACCAAGGGCUUCUUGAAGCUAUGGAACGGCGACAAGUGCAGGAUCAUGGGUCCGGGCGAUUUCGCUUAUAUCCCCCCCAAAGUCAUCCACAACCCAGAGAUGCUCGGACCGCACACCGAGACCCUCGGGCUAAUCGCCCCCGGUGACUGGGUGGAUUUCUUCCGGUACGUGGCCGAGCAGUACCAGGGCAACAUCGUUCCCGAGACGGACGACCGCGAUCUCAAGAGCCACAUCAUCCCCAAGGUUAUGGCCGCCAAGGACCGGUUCGACGUCCAUUUUGUGCGCGACUACCAGCCCCCGGAGGUCGGUGAGUGGCUCGAGACGGAGAACCAGCUCCCCUGUCCGCUACAGGGCUACUUCCUCCGCUCCAACACGGGUCCCAGGUGGAUGCUGGGGGGCGUCAUGUCACGGCCGUUCAUCAACGCGUCGCAGUGCGAAGGGAAGUUUGCCAUUUCGAGCAUUGAGGGUUCGAAUGCGUACACCGACGCCAAGCCCCUGGCCAGGCGAUGGCUUACGUUCCCUGCGGUCGACCACUGCCUGGUCAUGUUUGAGGGGCUGUUGCGGGUCAAGGUGAAGAUAGAAGGACAGGCACAGGAGUCGGCUGAGUGGACGGCUGUUAGAGAGGGCCAGACACUUACCAUCGCUGCGGGGCAGACGUUUUCGCUGGACUUUGCCUCGCGCUAUGUGCGUGCCAUCUCCUUCACUAACGGCCCCGGUCUAGAAGAGCUUAUCCAGACCGCUGGAUCGUCGUUUGCUGGCUUUGUGCUUCCGGACGAGCCCGUGCCAUGGGAGGAAGCGCGUCUCCAGGAGGCUGCCAGGAGGGUUGGGGUUCAGCUAGGAGAUUACAUAUAG